AUGAUCACCGGUAAAGAAUUGAGAAUCAUCUCUCUUUUGACCUUAGAUACGGUUUUUUUCCUAUUGGAAAUCACCAUAGGUUACAUGUCACAUUCAUUAGCCUUGAUUGCUGAUUCGUUCCAUAUGUUGAAUGAUAUCAUCUCUCUUUUAGUGGCGCUGUGGGCUGUGGAUGUGGCCAAAAACAGGGGUCCAGAUGCUAAAUACACUUAUGGAUGGAAAAGAGCUGAAAUUUUGGGUGCCUUAAUCAAUGCUGUUUUCCUAAUUGCCUUAUGUUUUUCAAUUAUGAUUGAAGCUUUACAAAGAUUGAUUGAACCUCAAGAAAUUCAAAACCCAAGGUUGGUUUUGUAUGUUGGUGUAGCGGGUUUAGUUUCUAAUGUCGUGGGUUUGUUUUUGUUCCACGAUCAUGGUAGUGACAGUUUGCACUCACAUUCUCAUGGCUCUGUAGAAAGCGGGAAUAACGACUUGGACAUAGAGUCUAAUGCCACUCAUUCCCACUCUCAUGCGUCUCUUCCAAACGAUAAUUUGGCCAUCGAUGAAGAUGCUAUUUCAAGCCCUGGGCCUUCAGAACAAAUUGGUGAAGUACUGCCACAAUCAGUAGUCAACAGACUAUCAAAUGAAAGUCAGCCGUUACUGAACCACGAUGAUCAUGACCACGACCAUGGAUCAAAGAAGCCCGGUCAUCGUUCUUUAAAUAUGCACGGUGUCUUUUUGCAUGUACUAGGUGAUGCUCUGGGUAAUAUUGGUGUUAUUGCAGCUGCUUUGUUUAUUUGGAAAACUGAAUAUUCUUGGAGAUAUUACUCUGAUCCGAUCGUUUCCUUAAUUAUUACCGUUAUUAUUUUUUCUUCCGCUUUGCCCUUAUCGCGUAGAGCUUCAAGAAUUUUACUACAGGCUACUCCAUCUACAAUUUCCGCUGAUCAGAUCCAAAGAGAGAUUUUGGCAGUACCUGGUGUGAUUGCAGUCCAUGACUUCCACGUCUGGAAUUUGACUGAAUCAAUAUACAUUGCAUCUAUCCACGUUCAAAUAGACUGCAAACCUGACAAAUUCAUUAGUUCCGCCAAGUUAAUAAGAAAAAUUUUCCAUCAACACGGUAUUCAUUCUGCUACUGUUCAACCAGAAUUCGUCUCUGGAGAUGUCAAUGAAGAUAUUCGUAGAAGAUUUUCUAUCAUAGCUGGUGGUUCACCAUCAUCAUCUCAGGAAGCUUUCGACAGCAAUGGAAACACCGAGCACGAUAAAAAAAAGCGUUCCCCUACUGCUUAUGGUGCUACUACAGCAUCGUCCAACUGUAUUGUGGACGAUGCUGUAAAUUGUAACACUUCCAAUUGCUUGUAA